AUGAUGGCGACCAUCGACAUCGCCGUCCAGGCUGAGGCAAUGCUGGUGCUCCCUCCCGCCGUCGUGGCCGAAUUCGUCGAGCGAAGCCGUCCCGACUCCAUUCUUAUCAAGGGCUUUCACGCUCUGCCGACUCUCGCCCAGGGCAGGAUUGUGAAGUAUACCCGACUUGACGGCCGAGAGUUUUUCGACGAUGAUGCCACCGUGGAAGCCUGCGACUUGUCCUACGAUGGAGACGCGGGUGGCCCGAUGAAAUCCUCGCCGAUCAAGUGGAUUUCCAAGCGAGCUUCGCUUGCCGGCAAGAGCUUCGACCUUCUCGACAGCACACUAGAGGAGCUCGAUGCACAUCUGACCCUCAGAACCUACGUUGCCGGCUUCCGUCUCGCCGCUGUCGACUUGGCGCACGGAAACAUUCUCCGAUGGUAUACCUACGUCGAAUACUCGGUGCCAUGGGUUUCCGACGUCGCCGCCUCCGUCACCGCUGCGUCCGUGGCCGAGAGAACCAAGGGGAGAGCCGAGGCGUCUACACGAGGUGCGAGCUACGACAUCGAUUUGCCCACGCUGCAGGGUCCCGUGGUGACACGCUUCCCUCCGGAGCCAUCUGGAUAUCUGCACAUCGGCCAUGCCAAGGCCGCACUCCUCAACGAAUAUUUUGCACAUCAAACCCCCGGAGGCACUCUGAUCUGUCGAUUCGACGAUACCAAUCCCUCGAAUGAGUCGCUCGAGUUCCAGGACGCCAUCAUCGACGACCUCGGCCUCCUCGGCAUCGUUCCCGACAAGACGACCUUUUCCAGCGACCAUUUCCACCUCAUGUACGGCUACGCCCUCCAGCUGAUCCGCGACGGCAGGGCUUUUGCCGACCACUCGGAGCUCGGCAAGGGGGACGAAGCCCGGAGGAGGCGUCUCCCCUCGAAACGGCGCAAUCUGAGCAUCGACGAGACCCUAGCGCGAUUCGACGACAUGAAGACGGGUUCGGCCGAGGGCCAGCGUUGGUGCCUCCGUGCCAAGAUUGCCCACGACAGCGCCAAUGGUGCGAUGCGGGACCCUGUCAUAUACCGGUGCAACCCAACGCCGCAUCACCGGACGGGGACGAGCUGGCGCAUGUAUCCGACGUGCGACUUUUGCGCGCCGAUCCUCGACGCCGUCGAAGGCUUCCAACAAGCCCUGCGACUGCGCAAGGUCAACGUGCGGGAUUUCUCCCGCGUCAACUUUGCGCGGACGUUGCUGUCGAAGAGGAAGUCGGCAAGAAUCGUCGACGAGGCCAAGGUUUGGGGCUGGGAUGACCCCCGAAUGCCGACCAUCAGGGGCAUUGUUCGCCGUGGCAUGACGGCGCACGCUCUGCAAGAGUACAUGCUCAAGCAGGGACCCAGCCGCAACACGGUCAACCUCGAGUGGGGGGCAGAGAAAUCGGAUAUCCUCGAGGAAUGGCUGACGGCAGAGACCGAGUUUCGGGAUCAAGCGUUCGCAGACGGCAACGUCGUCGACUUGAACGUCGGCACGGUCGCGCAGCUGGAGCGAAAGGGAUACUACAUCUACGACGGCCGGCACGGCUCGAGGAUGGUAUUUUUCAACGUGCCAACUAGUCGGAUGUGA